AUGCAAAGAGUAGUUUCAGCUGUAAGGUUUCUCUCAUCUCGUGGAUUAACCUUUCGUGGUGAUACAGAAGUACUUAAUUCUCGACAGAAUGACAACUACCUUGGGAUACUUGAAUUACUUGCUGAGUAUGAUCCUUUUCUUAGUUCUCAUAUAGCAAAAUAUGGUAAUCAAGGACGAGGAAAAGCUUCAUAUCAAUCUUCAACAACAUGUGAGGAAGUCAUAGAGAUUAUGGGAAACAAAGUAUUGAAAACCAUUGUAGAAGAAAUCAAGGAACCCAAAUACUUUUCUCUAAGUGCUGAUUCAACACCAGACAUAUCUCACACUGAUCAGCUGACUGUAGUUAUUUGCUAUGUCGGAAAAUCAGAUCAUAAGAUUGUUGAACGUUUUAUUGCUUUCAUUCCCAUUGCAAGUCACACUGGAGAAGCUCUUGCCAACAUUGUCUUGAAAUUCUUUGAGCAAAUUGGAAUUGAUGUAGCUAGUUUAAGAGGACAGUCUUAUGACAACGCAUCAAAUAUGUCAGGAUGCUACAAAGGGCUUCAAGCACAUAUUCUCAGUAUCAAUCAUCUUGCCCAUUACAUUCCAUGUACUGCACACUCCCUUAAUUUGGUAGGUGUUUGUGCUGUGGAAAGCUGCAUUGGAGCAGUUUCAUUCUUUGGUCUUAUACAAAAACUUUACAAUUUCUUUUCUGGUUCAACUCAGCGUUGGUCAGUAAUACCUCAGUGCCUUAAAGCUGAAAGUGGAAGUGAAUCUACAUUGGUAGUUAAAAGAGCAUCAGAUGCUAUAUUGUCUACAAGGGCCGAUGCCACAAAAGCCUUGUCUAAAAGGUACAGCUAUUUUCAAGAAGCUUUGAAGUUAAUCUCAGAAGAUGUAAAUCAGAAGGUUGACACACGUUAUGAAGCAAACACUAUACUCAAGCAGCUAUCAAAAUUGGAAACAGUUCUCUUGGCAGACUUCUGGGCUGUCAUACUAGAGAGGUUCAAUCAAGUCAGCAAAUUACUUCAACAUGAAACACUGGAGCUUCAAUAA